AAGUAUGGAUACAUUAGAUGAUGUUGAAGUUGCAUGCGUUGUAUACGCCAUGUAUCUACGCCGUACAAAAAAACAUAAAAUAAAUAAAAAAACAACUAUUCGUAAACAUUGGGUUCACCCCCUAAAUUUAAAAAGACCUCGAGAAUGUCAAUUUCAAGUUAAUUUUUUAACUUUGAGGAGUUAUCCUGAAGAAUUCUUCAGGUACUACCGUAUGUCUAUACACUCGUUUGAUGAAUUGAUUCUAUUAGUUGGAUCAAAACUUCAAAAAGAGGAUACUUGUUUAAGAUUAUCAAUACCACCAGAAGAGCGACUUACAGUUACAUUGAGGUAAAAAAAAAAAAGAAAAUUGUAAUGUAAAUUUUAUUUUAAAAUAUUCAAAUUAAUAUCUAGUAAAUGUGUUUGGUGUUUGUAAGUGAGAAGGAGUUGAGU